GUCCUUUCUUAGCAGCUCUUCUUCUAUAUUUAUAAUCGUCCAUCACAAUCUUCCAUUGACUCGUCGCCUCCUGAUGGCCCUUGGAGUGUAUCUGAGAUGUGGACAAUUGUGACAGCGCUGACCGUAAUCUCCGUCACUCUACCAGGAUUGUGGUGCAGCAGAUGGACAGUGAGCUUCUCGAGGACGGAGAUCUGCACCUGGGUCGGGACCACCGUCAUCCUGCCAUGCCGUUACGACUAUCCACCGCCCUACAGUGCGACACAAGUCAUGUGGUUUCACAUCACAGCUGAUGGUAAGCGGGAUUUCGCCUUCCACUCGGACCCCAGCCUCAUCAGUCCGUCAUACAGGGACAGGGUGAAGUACGUUGGAGGCCACAAGAGAUGCAGCCUGCAGAUCACGAGCAUCAAGCUGAGCGACAGCGGUCAGUAUCACUUCAGGUUUGAGAUGGACCACCAACAAGGGAGAUGGACCUCACCGGACUCCAUUAAUCUUUCAGUAACAGAGCUCCAGACUCAGGUUCAUCCUACACGGAUCUCCAACAUUUUUGCGUCAGGUGAGACAGUGUUUCUGAGCUGCGUAGCUCGAGGCUGUGCUGCUGCAGGAAAGACUUUCGCCCUCUACAAGAAUGGAGUGAACCUUGGCUACGUAGAGCGAGUGUCACCUAUCUACAGCUUCAACAGUCAGCAUGCAGGAACAUACUACUGUAGACCAGUUCCACCACAGAACGUCCAGUCUGCCAGCGUCAGCCUCGCUGUAGGAUACGCUCCUCGUCACACCUCGGUACUGUUGAGUACGCAGGGUCCGGUGACUGAAGGCGACUCGGUGACUCUGACGUGCCGCAGUGAAGGUGCUCCGGCGGUAGAGAGCUUCGCCUGGUUUCGAGAGGGCGAGAGUGACAGCGUUCCCGACGGCUUCAAACCUGAACUCCAGCUCUGGAGUCUGGACUACAGAGACCACGGAGAGUACUUCUGUGUGGCCCGCAACUCCAUCGGAGACGACCGCUCCAGACCUGUCCUGCUCAACGUUACCUAUUCUCCCAAGAACACCAAGAUCUUAAUUAGCUCCAAAGGAGAUGUGAUGGAAGGCCACGCGAUCAACCUGACAUGCAUCAGCAACGCUAACCCACCAGUGAAGAGAUACGCCUGGUACAAGGUCAUCGGAGGUCAACCCUGGGCCAAAGGUUCCUCCCAGAACCUCAGCUUCACCAGCGUGCACUCGCACCAUGGCGGGCAGUACUACUGCACAGUCUGGAACGUUUUGGGAAUGGGGACGUCUCCGCUGGUCACCCUGUCGGUGCUGUAUGCCCCGAAGAACACCUCGGUUUUGGCUCGUCCGUCCAGCGUGAUCGAAGCAGGCGGUUCCUUGACCCUGACCUGCAGCAGUCAGGCGAACCCGGCGGUGGAGAACUACACCUGGCACCGGAUCAAUGGCGCUGAUGCCUGGGAAACCCGAUCGGGCCAAAGCUACACCAUUGCUGAGGUCAGCACCGGAGCCAGCGGCCAAUACUACUGCGUGGCUCGCAACCGCAUCGGUGUGCACAGCUCUCCGGUCCUCACAAUCAGGGUGCGAGGUCGGCUGAAGGCCAUCGCUCUGGCAUCUGCGGUCGGUGUUUCUGUAGCACUCAUCACUCUGACUGUCGCCGUCAUGAUCAGUAAGAAUAUGCACAGAGUGGACAGUGAAGCACUGGAAAUAGACAAGCAGCUCGGAUCUCCCAUGGAAGUGGACACACUUUUUUAUGAAUGUCCUCAACCACCCUUUCAGCCCCAGAGCUCAAAGAUGGCAGACAUUCCAGAGGAACCAGAGGACAUUCAUGACAACGUUCAUCCUUCCAUUGUGCCUCUUAAGGAAGCCGCGGAGAAAACCGAGACGGAUAAGAAAGACGGAGGGAAUGUCAAAUAUGUCACUGUGCAUUUCUCUCGUACAUCGAGCCGGGACCAAGUGCACGUCACGAGCCUUCCACAAGACGGCGCUUCGAAGGAGUCUAAAGACAAACCCGGUGUUGUUUGUUCCGUUUUAACCAAACAGCCAAACUGCUGAAACGAAAUAAGUCCAGUUGCCUCCACUAACUAACUAUUGUUUCACUGUUCGAAAGGAGAUAAUUACAGAUAAAUACAGAAUAUAGAUAUGCCGUGUAUCCUGUCAUGCUAAUGGAACGAGUCAGAAAUAUAGUGUACGGUGUAGCUGGGUAAUGUUCACACUUACUGUAGCAUGACAUGAUGCAAAUUUAACUAGUCACUGAUCUGAGGUCAGUCUGUCUGCUGUACUGCCAAAACGUUUUCAUGGUAUGAGUCAAAUCCCUGGUUUAGAUUCAGAUUCUAGAGUAAAGACGCUAUGGUCAGUGUUACAGGUUGAUUUCAUAAAUCUUACCUACAGUAAAUUCUGAAUUCAUUUUCAGUGUUAAUCUGAUUUUAUUAUUUUAAAAACAGCGAGUGAAAUAAAAUAAGCUGAUCCAUAUUGAGCUUCUUGUAUUAAUGACUAAAAGAUGUUUAGCGAAGUUCCCAAAUUUUAAUCCAAAAGACGCCGUUUAAUCAUCACACGUGCACUCUGUUUGGUCAAAAGGUGAUUCGUUUUUCAUAACAGCAUGCUUGUUUCCAUAGCAACAGCUCAUUCAUAUACAGCAGGAAGUCCACGUGAACAUUAAAGACUAAUAAAUAGCUGAAAUUCGUAUAAUUGUUGAUACCGAAAAUGUUUUUGUGUUUAUUUAAUGUUGAUGCUUGAUGUGUUCAGUGUCAGUGGUUUGAGCUGUAAUUAACAUGAAGUUAACAUCUUCAGGACAGAGGAACGUCACGUUUACUGUUUUUUUUUUGUCUUCAUAACUCCAAGACACGGGGGUCACGGUGGCUUAGUGGUUAGCACGUUCUCCUCACACCUCCAGGGUUGGGGGUUCGAUUCCCGCCUCCACCUUGUGUGUGUGGAGUUUGCAUGUUCUCCCCGAGCCUCUGGGGUUUCCUCCGGGUACUCCGGUUUCCUCCCCCGGUCCAAAGACAUGCAUGGUAGGUUGAUUGGCAUCUCUGGAAAAUUGUCCGUAGUGUGUGAUUGUGUGAGUGAAUGAGUGUGUGUGUGUGUGUGUGCCCUGCGAUGGGUUGGCACUCCGUCCAGGGUGUAUCCUGCCUUGAUGCCCGAUGACGCCUGAGAUAGGCAC